UCGCUGUUUGCCAGGAGCACUUCAUCUGCCUGCAAGUAAAGGAAACAACAAUAUUCAGCACAAGAAAAGUUUCUUAUUUUUAAUCAGAAAAGAAAAAUUGACUAUGGAAAAGAAGAAAGUGAGAAAAGAAGUUGAACAAUUACUGAGGGACUAUGUAGGACUUCGACUGAGAGAAAAUGCUUUUGACCCAAAGGGUAAAGGAUGUACCUCUUCACUGGAUAACUUAGCCCACUAUGAUCUUGCCAUAAAUGCUGCACUACUCUGGACAGACAAAACUGGAGAUAAAGAACUGGAUGAAAACACUGGAGAAACAAGGAAUUGCAUGAAAUCAAAAUAUCCAAAUCAAAUGGAAAGAGAAGCCAUGAUUCUUUCUACAUUUGCUGGCAUCAUACUGGAUAAUCUGUCAGUAGAAGAUGUUUUUACACUCUACAGAAAUAAACCAACAACAUUUUCGCUUAAGGUCAAAGAGAACAUGAUUGUUCAUCCUUUCAGUCUGUCAUCACAUCCUUUUGCAAUGCUAACUGCACCAAAUGCCUUGGAACAUGCGAGGAAACACGGUAUGAAACUACAUUCAUUGAAGUCUGUGACAAAAUCUAAAAAUAAAGAGCUGAUCAAAGACCCAAACCAGUCAACUAAAGAAGAAAAUAAUUCUGUAGAAGAAUCAAAUUAAAUGUUUGUGUUUAUGUCUUUUCACUCACAACGCAAAUCAAGUGUCCAGUCAUUUAGUUGGUCCAAUUUUUCAAAUGUAUUGCACAGAUGGCUCUAUGAGACAGGACUCUCAGUCUAGGAGUGGUUCACAGUUCUGAUCAGUUUUAGUUUGCAUAAAGAGCAAUGAAAUUAUUGUAUUUUUCAUUUGUAUUUUUAUGAUGCAGCAAGCACUAAUCAGAGACAUUGUCAAAUGGUCAGAGUCCCCAAAUCCAAACAAUUAUAACAAAUAGUUAAAGCAUUUGCAUGUAUGUUUUCAUUUUAGUAGAUAUUUAACUAAUGGACUUGUUUACCUCAAGAUACAAGGGUAAACCAAAAAGUAAAGGCAAUUUGAAAAUUACAUGGUAACCGCAAUGGAUAGAAUCUGACACAAUACAACACAUUUGUGAUGGCUUAUGGGUAGUUGUACACACAAAGUGCAAUGCUCUGUCAUUAGUUUAGCUGAAGCCAAAGUCCAAUGAACAUGGACAAUCUGCUGUGGGAUUGCACCAUUGUUAAACAAUGCACUGUAUUGAAAUUCCUUUAGGCAGAGAGAGUGAAACCUGCUGAAAGUCACUGCAUGAUGAUGUUUUUGCUGAUCAGUAAGCUGUUUGGGUACUCAUCGUGUGCAAACUUUAUAAAACCCCAAGUCAUCAUGCAUUAUAGCAUGUGCAGAUCCAUAGCUGAUAUCCAAAUGUGCAGCAGCAGCAGACUACAUCGUCUGCUGGUCUUCUCUGAUGAAGGCAUUUGCAUUGUCAAUGUGGGCUUGUGUGAGCAAUGUUAAUGGUUGAUCAGAUCAAGCUUAUUUGGUUACAUUUGUUCUUUCCGCUUUAAACCUUUCUACCCAUUCAUAAACUUUUCAUUGAGGCAAUGCUGUUUUCAAUUCCAUACUGAGCCAUCAUUCUUCAGUGAAUUUCAGCAAGUUUCACUUGCUCUGCCCAAGAAAAUCUCAUUACUAUAUGUUCUUAAACAAUGGUGCAAUUGCACAAUGGUGCAAUCAGACAGAGGAGAUUGCCUUUUUCAUUUGACCAUGGCUUCAGCUACGCUCCAUGAGCUGCCCGGAUGAGGAUGCAGCUACUACAUAUGGUUGUUGUAAUCUUGUGAUUUAAAGCCAGCACCCCAGAUGUGAGGUUUAGUAUGGCCCUGUCAAAAAGUGUAGGGUACAUGAUGAGUCUGUCUCACCAGCUGAUUAGGACCUAUGAGGUUUCCCAGGAGGAAGAUACUAUAGAACUGCUGUCUUCUAGAAGAGGCAGGUAGACACACAUUAGUCUUGGGUGCCUGACCCUUUAAUAAAAGGGUCCCAUGACCUUUUUCUGUGAAUAGUUGAUUCUGAUCUUGGAGGUGAUUAAUAAAACCAAAGUGUUUUUUAAACAGCUGUCCUCAUUUUGAGCCAACUGAAACUGAUCGUUUUGCUCCAAGCCCAUCUAUUCAGUUAGACUUGCAUUUUUAAGUAGUAGCAGAACAUUUCCAUCAACAUGUGGAAAGAAAAGUUGAUAGAGUUGUUAUUUGAAGGAAAAUUCAUAAACAGCAGACAGACAGCUUGGAAAGCUUGGAAAUGUGAUUAAAAAUCUAGGGUUUCUUUUCUUGUUACAAGGUUAAAUUAUCAAGCAGGCAAAAAAAGAACCUGUCAGGAACAUGAAAGUAUUUAUAUUUACAUUUUAUUUUUAUUUCAAUGUGUUAUUUCUUCUUGUAUUCUUUUCUUACCAUUCUCUCUGUUACAAUAUCACUGCACCAUUUUGUGUUUGUAUGUUUCUGUUAAAAUCAUGGCUUCCUGUUAGUUUGUGAUAGGGGAUGUGGCACAUGCCUGAGUAAUGUCAUAAAUUCUACUGGCAUGCAUCACCUUGGUAUAUCUGUGUGGUAAGAGGUGCCCAAUGAGGUGUCCAAAACAUUUUACUUCAAACAAAGGAAAGGAGAGGUCUUAACACAUAAACAAGUGAAAAAAGAAAAUCAAUUAGAAAAAGAAUUAUUGUUUUUGACUUGUGUUUUAUUUGUAAUUUUGAAUCUGGUUUUGUCCAAAUAAAAAUGUUAAGUAACAUUUUCUGUCCCUGGC